AUGGAUGUGUUGGCGAAUUACAGUAUUUUCCAGGAACUCCAACUCGUGCAUGACACUGGCUAUUUCUCAGCGAUGCCUUCCCUGGAGGAGAACUGGCAGCAGACAUGUCUAGAGUUGGAGCGGUAUCUACAGACGGAGCCCAAGCGUCUGUCAGAGCUGUUUGAUGAGGAGCUGGACUGUCUCUUAACGCCGGCCUUCAUGCAAGGUGGCGACAGUGACGAGGACCUGAUGGACCCCCUUCUCCCCAGCUUGCCCGAACAGCCCAGCCCGCCUCCACUACUGGUAACCCUCCCCAAGGUCCAGGCCAAAAUCCUCCAGAUGCCCAACCACAGCAAGACCCAAGCAGAAGCAGGAACCGAAACCCUCACGACGAAGGAGCAAGUCCUCGGAGGGGUCAGUGCCGCACAGCUUAGCGCCGCCGUCACAUCCCUAACACCGCCGUCAUCGCCAGAGCUCGGCCGCCACCUCAUCAAACCCACACAAACGCUGACUGCGACGGCAGAUGGCACACUAACACUCAAACUGGUGGCGAAGAAGGUAGGGUUAGGGGCGGCGAAACUGGUGGCAGCACGAGCGUUACCAUCCCCACCGAGCCGAGGAGGAACCCUCAGUGACAGCGAGCAGGGAGGAGGAGGAAAUGUGGUAGGAGAUGUACCAGAGAACAAGAAGAGAGUCCACCGGUGCCAGUUUAACGGCUGCAGGAAGGUUUACACCAAGAGCUCCCAUCUGAAGGCACAUCAGAGGACCCAUACAGGUGAGAAGCCCUAUAAGUGCUCAUGGGAAGGCUGCGAAUGGCGUUUUGCCCGAAGUGAUGAGUUGACACGACACUACCGCAAACACACCGGGGCAAAGCCAUUCAAGUGCAACCACUGCGACAGGUGUUUCUCUCGGUCAGACCACCUGGCCCUGCACAUGAAGAGGCACAUCUGA